UCGUUGUCAAUCAUCGAGCUUCAUCGACGAGUUUGGGUUUGUUUUCGUCAUCACUUGCUGGUGGGAGUAUAUUUUUCAUUCAAUAGACCAUAAUAAAGUAUUGAUUCACCAUGAGUGCCCUCGAAAAUACGCUCCAGAUUGAGAUAAAGCUGGAAAAGGAGAAAACAAAUCAAGCACUGCUGAAGGACCAUGUCGAGAAGUAUUCCGAGCUUACCCAGUCCAUGUCCAAGAUUCUGAACUCGUUCGAGCAACGGUUAGGGAAGCUGGAGCACACUAUACUGCCCGUGUACAACAUUACCAAGAACCUACAAAAGCAGCAACAGAAUCUUGAUAGUACGCUGCAGUACAUGGAACAAGUGCUAUCCCACUACGACGCUUCGCAGGACGUGUGCAACCUAAUCCACCAAGGACCGUCCGAGGGUAACAUCGGGUCGUUCCUGGAUGGAUUGAACAAGCUGAAAAAGGCAAAGGAUUACUUCCUCAACAACAAUCCGCAAAGCGUCGAGCUGGAGAACGUUACAAGCCUGUUCAACAAUGGGUGCGAAACGCUCAACAACCAUUUCAAAUCGUUGCUUAAAAAGCACAACUCUCCACUCAAACCUGUUGACCUGUUGGAUAUGAUCUACAUCGAGGAAGAUUCGUCGAACGAAGACUGCCCUUCGAUCAAACAGUUGCCACCGAGUGCACGGGAAGAGCUGAACGUGAUUGCCCAAUGGUUGGACAAUAAUUUGCGACGCGAGUAUGUGCAAAUAUUUGGCGAUGAGCGAUCGGAAGUGAUCAUGAGAUCGUUGCAAAACUUAAAAGACCAUCAAAAAAGUGGUAGCUGGGGCAAUGAGCCGCUGCGCACGAGGCAUGGCUAUGGCCGCGCGGAAACUGGCGCGAAGAAAACAACGUCUGCCCGUUUGCAGCAAAUUUUCGAACGGAAAGCCAACAAAAUGUUCAUGAAAGCUUCCCAAACGCUCGGCCAGUCGGCCGGCUUGGCGAUGCGAAAGAAUUCCUCUUUCGGGGACAUCCUGGCUGCGGAAGAGUACGGCAACGAUAACGAUCAGGAGCUGGAGAAGUACCUAGUGCUGCUGUUGGGCCUGCAGAAGCUGCUCGUAUGGGAACGACAGCUUUUGAACGAUAUUGUGCCACCUUCCCGGCACAAUGAGGUCUUCUCCCGGCUUUCCCAACCAUCGAUCGAGAUGGUGGUGAAAGAUGCGGAACAAAUAACGUCCAAAGUGAUGCGUAGUAUCGGACGCAAGGAAUGGUCCGCCGCACUUGGAAUAUUUUCCGCCCUUAAGCAUGUCCAAAUUUUGCAACCGGACAUCGACCGUAUCUGCGACGCUACGCAGAAGCAGCAGCUGUCGGGUGUGUUGAACCGUCUACAGCAAACGGCUUCGAAGGGAUUGGAACAGUUUAUCGAAUCCGUACGAAAUGAUUCCGGUGGUGGCGGUAUGGUGAGCAUGACGUCCAGCACGAUAAGCUACGGUGGUGGUUCGAACGUUCCACGCGACGCCACGGUGUACGAGCUGACCUCGAACACGAUCUGGUUCUUGGAGCAGCUGCAGGAGCAUUGUGACACCAUCGGAGGGCUGCUGCAAACGGAGGCAAUCUAUACAAACGAUCUCGAUCGUAUUUCUUCACAGAAGGCACUCUCAAUUGAACAGAAAAACAAGGCUCUGUUGGGAAUUUAUGUCCGGAAAGUAUUGGCAGAACUGAACUACACCAUCGCAACCAAAUCGGAACAGUACAGCGAUACGGCAACGAAGCAACUGUUCAAGUUAAAUAACACGCACUACAUCUUAAAAUCACUGCAACGAUCCAGCCUGAUGGAAAUCGUCGCCCUGACCGAGCACGACUGCGAGCGUCGCUAUCAGAAAAUGAUCCAGGAUCUUAAGAAAGCGUACCUCGGUUCGUGGUCAAAGCUGCUGUCCUUUAUACACCCGCUGGACGAUAUGCCACGCCCGAUCAAUGGGAAAGUGAAGGAUAAGGAACGGGCCACCAUUAAGGACCGGUUUUCGAACUUCAACAAGGAGCUGGAUGAUGCGGUAAAAACGCAGCGUGCCAUCUCGGUGCCGGAUGUGCUGCUGCGAGAGGGAAUCAAGCGGGACAAUAGCGAACACAUCGUUCCGAAGUAUAAUACGUUCUUUGAGGUGUACUCUGAUGUGCAGUUUAGCAAGAACAUCGACAAGUACGUUAAGUAUCGUCCAUCGGAUGUGGCGACCAUGCUGAAUAGCUUCUUCGAUGAUACGGUUUAAGUUAUUAAUUGCAAUGUAUUCCAAACGUAAGCUAGUGAAUAGAAAAACGAAAGCCAGCUUGUUUAACCACCUUUAAAAA